CCGGGCGAGUCCCCUCAGUACUCGACUGCACACUACAGAGUGAAUUUCGCAGAGCGCAUCUCUACGCAACUUUCUACAAAGCAAAGAGCUUUCAAAUUUUUUUCGAUUCUCGAUCAACGCACACGACAGAGUAGAAGAUCAAAAUGAGAUCACGAAUGUCUAUCAUCCCCAAGUUGGUCUCCCAGAUGUGGGAGCAAAUGGAGCGACCGCACCGGCUCUUCGACCAGCAUUUCGGACUGGGACUGCAUCCGGAUGCCUUCUUCAACUCACCAUCGUUGUUCGAGAGGAGGAUCCCGUACGCAUACAUGAGGCCGUUGACGGAACUCAUGCGGGAAGCAGAAAACGGCUGGUCGGUGAUCAAGGACGACAAGAGCAAAUUCCACGUCGCGCUGGACGUCCAGCAGUUCAAGCCCGAGGAGAUCAACGUUAAGGUUGUCGACAAUUACAUCGUCGUCGAAGGAAAACACGAAGAAAAGCAAGAUGACCACGGCAUUAUUUCGAGGCACUUCGUAAGGAAAUACAUGAUCCCGGAGCAGUGCGAUCCAGAAAAGGCUGCCAGUACUCUAUCUUCGGACGGAGUUUUAACCAUCACUGCGCCUAGGAAGCCGGAAGCCGUUGAAAGUAAGAAAGAAAAGGUUUUGAAAAUUGAGAAGACUGGAAAGCCCGCUCUGGAAAAUAAGGCUGAAGAACAACCACAGAUAGAAAAUAAGAAAAUGGCCCAAAGUCAGUAAAUUCGAGUCACAAAGUUCCAUGCAUCCUUCGCUAAAAGACCGUUUCAUCAUCUCAUUUUUUUAUACUUAAAAGUUAGAUUUUUUGUAGUUGUAAAAAGUCUUAUAAUUUUAUGUUUCCUAAUUAUCUUAUUUGUGAUAUUUGUCAAUUGGAUAAUAUCACUGAGUCAAACAGUAGAACAUAAAAGUGCUGUGCAUAGAAUUAAUAACAUGUACUUUUAAGUGUUGAUUAAAUAAAUAAGAUUUUUUAUAAUAUA